AUGCUUGAAAGUUCUAAUCAGAGGCAGUCAAGAGGGUGUUUGCAAGAGGAAGAUUUUGAGUUAAACGAUGAGGAGUAUGAGCAAGAGGUUGAGGCAGAAAAAGAGAUGGGUAGGCCAUCUGAUCCAACUAAAUGGUGGGGCAGUGUGACAAAUUUGUGCAGCCAAGGUGUUCAGGGAGAUGAGUCAGAUGGGAUGGACACUGAAGAAGACUUGCAAAGUCUUGGAAGUGAUGGUGAAGAGGUUGGGCCUAGGAAGUCAAAAAUACAUUACAACCCUAGGUCCAACUUUAAGGAUUUCAAAUUUGUAUUGGGAAUGGAAUUUGGGACUGCAAAACUACUGAGGACUGCUAUUAAAGAGUACUUUAUUGAAAGUAAUAGAGAGUUUAAAUAUGUAAACAAAGACAUGAGAAGAAUUAGGGUCAAAUGCAAAGCUAAACAAUGUCCUUGGUUGUUGUAUGCAAGUGUUUCAAGAGCUGACAACACUACUUUCAAAGUGCAGACUUUAGUAGAUAACCACAACAGUGGUUUGGUCCUUAAUAAUAGUCAUGCCGAUGCUCCCUGGUUGUCUAAGUAUUUUUUAGAGCAAUUCAGAAUCAAUCCAGAUAUGAAGUAUAAGACUUUUAGAGAGAUGACAACUAAAACCAAGUACUCACAUGUUUCGAAUUGGGUAUUCUACAGAGCAAAGGCCAGAGCAAAAAUAUUGCUUGAAGGUAGUGUCUCUGAGCAGUAUGCUAUCUUGGAAGACUACUGCAAAAUGAUAUUGGCUACAAACCCAGGUAGCACUGCCAUCAUCAAAUCAAAUAUGGUAGAAGGAAAAAGGAUAUUUGAGAGGGUAUAUAUCUGCUUAAAAGCUUGUAAGGAAGGUUUCAGAUCUGGCUGUAGAACACUCAUUGGUCUUGAUGGGUGCUUCCUCAAAGGGUAUUGUAAAGGAUUGCUUUUGGCUGCAGUAGGAAUAGAUGCAACAAACUCAAUGUAUCCUAUUGCUUAUGCAGUUUGUGAGAAAGAAAACACUAACACUUGGUCUUGGUUUUUAGAAUUGUUGAAGGAAGAUCUAGAUAUUGACAGACCUUCUCAGUUUGCUAUGAUGAGCGACAGGCAGAAAGGGUUGGAGAAUGCUAUUGCUUCUGUUUUUUAG